AUGCAAUCGAUACUGCUUGUGACUAUUGCAUUCCUUUCAAAUGCAUUCGCUUAUCACGAUCCCGAUCUUAAUUACCAUUUGAGUCAGGUGCAAAAUAUUCAAGGAUGUGGUCACACUGGCUAUAACUAUGCAGCGCCUGCAAUACAGCUAUCUUUCCCGGAAGCAAAAGCCACAGCUGCCCCAAGGCUUAUUCAAGCAGAAGAGCUUUCUGCUUCUAGUGGCUAUAAGAACGCGGAAGGAUUCACACAAAAUGUACUUUUCCAAGCAUCUCCUCAAGUCAGUUAUAAGUCGCAGCCAGCUAUCUCAUACCAAGCACCAAUAGCUGCUGCGUAUUCUGGUUACUCAGCCCAAAGGGAACAGCAUGGGUAUGCUACUUCUGCCGGCUUGUCAGCAUCCGCUACAAGAACUGUAAUCCCACAAGCAACUUACGCCCAAGCUCCAAUAAUAGCGAAAAUAACUGCAGCACCAUUGCAAGCAAAAUUCACGAUAUCCCCACCUAGAACCACAUAUGUGUCCCAAAAUUUACUAUCACAACAAUCUUCUUAUAACUCCGGAUCGUCUGCAAGGGCUUCUUUAAAUUCAUUCAGUCAUGGAGCUGGUCCAGUUGUGUCUCAAGUAUACGCAGCGCCCUCGGCUGGUUAUACAACUUCGCCGGCACUUAAAGUGCAAUCACAACAAACAGUUCUACCAGCUUAUCAGUACCAAACUGCAGCGCCCUUAUCAGUGUCGCAAGUUUAUAAAGCACCAGUUGCGACUCAAUACUCCAAUUCUAUAGUUUCUCAUGAUUCAGCUCAAAGUUUAGCACAAUAUUCUGCGCCUACUUAUAGAGCUUCUAAUUUAGCUCAGCAAGCAGCAUCAGUACAAUACUCUUCUCCAGCUCAUUAUGUAGCACCAUCGGCAGUUCAAUAUACAGCACCACCCGCUCAAUACUCUCAAUACUCAGUUCCAUCUGUGACUCAUUAUUCAGCACCAGUCGUGACUCAAUACUCAAGAGUACAGCCUGCUGUACAAGCCUCGCAAUAUUUAGCACCGUCAGUAUCCCACCAAUCAGUUUCCACUCCAGAAGUAGCUGUAGCAAAUAUAGCUCAAGCCGUCAAGAACUCACAAGGCGCCAAAAAUGUGCACACGGAAUUCUUGGAGAACUACGACGCACAUCCUCGCUAUGCUUUUGAAUACGGUGUAAACGAUCCCCACACCGGAGACAUCAAACAGCAAAAAGAAGAACGCGACGGCGAUGUUGUUAAAGGUCAAUACUCUUUGGUGGAACCGGACGGUUCCGUGCGAACUGUCAACUACGUAGCUGACUGGGAGACCGGUUUCCACGCUAACGUUCACAAUAGUAAAGACAAGCAACACUAA